GAGCAGGACCCUCCCGAGGUGACCCUAGAAGACGGAGAGGGCCGAAGUGCGUGGCACUCGGGUUGGAGGUUCUGGCUCCGGCCUCCAACCGGGGCGUCGCACAUCUCCCUUCCGAGCGUCAGCCACGGGGUCCUGUCGCAGAGUGCUCCGGUUGGCCACUUUGACCCCGGCGCCCGUCCUCGGAGAACUUUCUCCAAGACAGCCCGGGGUUUCCUGGCAAACGCUCUAAGACUGGAACUCCACGUAGUGCUUUAAAAAAACAAAAGCAGGGACGACAGAAAGAUCUGAUGCUGGCAGGGAGGGAACCUUUCUUUCCGGACUGACUGGGCUUCCACGCCUGCAUCCUUGGAGGCCCGGGACCUGAGGUUCCCCAGAGGACAGAGGAGGGGGGUGAGAGUAAGUCAAGAGCGGGUUUUGUCCUUAGCAGCCCCUGAUAUCUGCAGUGUUUGUGCUGCGGACAGAGUAACUCGUCCCGUUCAAACUUAACUGACGUCGACACCCUAUCUAAGGUGGAUUUUUCCGAGAUGUCAGGAAUGUGAGGUUUAUUCUAUAUUCAAAUGUAGCUGCUAGAUAAAUAAAUAAAUAGGCCCCGCACUUUAACUCUGGAGAAAGCCAAGGUUGCAAGUAUUUGCUUUGAAAACCUGCAGUCCCCUACGUGGUAUUAGUGUGAUGGUUUAGCAGCCGUCCUUUAUUUCUAUUGCGUAUUAUUUUAGUGGAACAGUAGUACAUUCAUAUACUGGCUGCUCCAGUCUGCUGGCAAACAUUAGCAUUCAAGCUUACAUUUUUGACAAAUGUGCAGACAGGAAUAGCAUGAAUAGGCAUCUUAAAUAUUAACAACCUAAGCAUCUGUUGUGAAACAAAUUUAAUAUAUUUACUCUGUUUUUCUCACAUUGUUAGGAAAGGUUAUAAUAAGUGCAUAAUUUCAACUUUAGUUAGCAGAAGUAACUGGCUGUAUCUUUCACUACCUCACCAAGUGUUUAACACAAUCACCAGACGUAAAUACUUUAAUUAACUUGGUUAAGCUCAUUAUUAAAUACACUUUAGACAAUGUGCAUGUCAUGUAAAAUGUAACUGUAGCAAAAUAUGUAUCCUACUUGUGCACAUUUUAAAUAGCUAUGCACUUUAUAAAUAUACCAAAUGUUUAUUCUUCAUCACCAUUUGACACUUAUUACUUCAUAUUUUUUCUAAUGGAAACAGUAUUUUAAAUGUAGAGUUGUUCAGUCAUAUGUAGUACAUAAUAUGUAAGCAGUAGCUAUAAAAUCCAAAGCAUUGUUAAAUUUGAAUAUAGCUACAUGUAACAGGAUAAUACAAGAGAAGUAAAAUCAUUACUCAAUUUUGUAUUCCCUUCUGAAGAAUAAUAAAUACAGAUGAUGAAUAAAAAAAAGAAUAGGGGCUUCCCUCCUAAAGUGCAAACUCCUUAAAAUGUGUGUGCUGUGGGGGUGGGAGAGGGAAGAAAUAGAUAAGACUUAAAGAACUUCCAGAAGUCUGAAUAGUUAUUUUCAGAAUCAAUGCAUUCCUCACUUUCCCACAAGUUGAAAUAUGUAAUAAAUAAUAGUUCUUUGUAUGUAAAAGUAUUCAAAAGGAAUGCCUUUUGUUCAGUUGUUGUAAUAAAUUAAUAUAUUCUUUGGUUGAUAAUCUAGAAAACCAGUUCUUUUGUCUCCUAGCAUCUUAAACAAGAACAGCAACAAAAUGAUUAUUUGGUUUAUUGCUGCAAAGAAGUCUGUUGCCAGCCAUAUGAACCUGUGGUUGACUAUGAUAGGAUAUGCUGAGUGAUGGUUAGGAACUCCAGUACAUUAAAUUAGCAAAGAUUGAGAUAUCUAGAGGAGAAUUUCAGCUCUUUUCUUUUCUUUUCUUUUUUUUUAAUGUAACAGGUUGUGGAUUGUAAAUUAGGCCUAAAAGGUCAGGUGACAGGCACCUGUUCCUCAUUAUUGUAAAAAUCUUUUGGUUACAAACACUAUUAAGCUAAACACAACAUGGAUAUACAGCAGGGACUCUCUAAAGCACUCUAGUGAUUUUUCAUCUGCUCUGUAAAUUUCCAGAAGGGCCAUAUAUAGAUAUGCCCUUUACACAAAUACAUCGUUUCUUCCAUACAUGUUGUCUUGGAUGACUGUAAUUUAUGUUAUAUUAGUACUUGGAAUUGAUGAAGUAUGUAAAAUAAAUGCAUGUGACUAAAUCAAUCUUCAGAUUAUGUCUAGACAUAUUGCAGUCAAAAAGUGUAUUUUAAAACACCUCCUUUUCUUAUAAUCUAUUGAUUAAUUACCAGAAUUUUUGUUCGUAUUUUAAAUAGAAACCUCCCAAAAUUGCCUUUCAUACUGUUUAGAUGAGAUGUAUUCCCAUUUUAAAUGUGCCAUGAAAUAUUUUUUGCUUGAUACUCAUAUUUAAGGAGGAAAUCAGUUGCUGUAUAUCUCCAUAGCUUUGUGGCACACACAGGAAGCAAGCCACAUUUUACAUGAAUGCUGUUAGAAAGGGUAUCAUCAUUUUAUUUUCAAACUUGCUGCUUCUCCUGGGUGUGUUCGGCAGUAUUUCCAUUGGAAUUAGGGAAAGUGGUUUGAUUUUCAUGAAUGGUUUACCCUUAGAUAUUUCAGAGAGUACAGUUAGCAUGCAUAUUGGAAAGACCCAAGUAGCACAAGGUUGCCAAAUACUAAAGGUGCCAGUUGCUUUUAAUUAGUAAAGCAGGAGAAUUGGGAGUGAAUUAGAUAACUCGGAUUAUUAAACCCUGUUAUUUACAUACGUUCUUUGUCUUUUUUGGUUUUGUGAGUUUCUGCUGAUGAUGUGAAGUAUUCACUUUUAGCAUUUGUGAUCAGAUUACAGAGCAGUCAUUACUCUUACUGUUCAAAUUGAUUUGGUUUUCAAACUCCAAAAACUCUGUGAUGAUUUUUACAAAUUGGUUUACAUUUUGACAGAACAGAGUUAAGUUAAUUAAUAGAUCAGGCACGAAAAAUCAUCCACAAUAUUUUCUGGUAAAAUGAAAGUUACGUUUCAGCAUGAUGAGCAUCAGGCUUCAGUAAUCUGUUCCUCGUGUGGAAUGAACACUUCCUACUUAGAGCUAGCAGGCACCUACUGUUUAUUUACGCUGCAUUAAACUGACAGCUCAGCAAUCAGAGGAAAAAUAUUACUUACCUUCCUGAAGUAAAUACCAGUUUAUAGGUUAGUGCACGUAUUUAUAUUCCUGUCACCACUAAAUAACGGCUCUGUCUCCAUUUUAAUAUCUACCUGUGCUGUAAUCCAGGCCUUCAGACUCUUCCUGGCUGGGGGUAGGGGUCGAGAGGAGUUUUGAUCAUUUUCCAGUGGCAAAAUUUUAAAGGAGUGUAAUUCUAUCUUCUCAUUUCUGUCGUGUGCGAACCAGUUGAAAAGAAAUGUUAUGCACUUUUACUUUGCAUACCUCAACUAUAACAUCAAACCCUAAAAGAAUCCGCAUGCCAUUUAAAAUAGUCAUCUUCCAGCAACCUCAGGAUACCGUGUGUUCAAACACAUUCAAGUGUGUGUUUGCUGAAUUAACUCUCUACAAAGUUCCAAAUAGAUGAAGCUAUUUGAUUUCUUAGAUAAUAACUUUGAAAAAGUAUCUUCCUUUCCCAGUCUUUGAUGGAAUGCUACAGUUUCUAAUGAAGACCUGCACAUAUGAGAAUGAAGUAGGGCUCAAUGAUUGGUUAAUUCUCUUGGGUUUCCUCAGAAAAUACCCUUGCCCUCUCCGUUAUUUGCCUUCUUAUUAAUCUGCCGUCCUUAAAGAUAGGGGAGAUUUCUGAUUUCUUUUGAUACGUGCACUAAAUGCAUUUGUUGCUUUCUUUUAAAUUAAAAGUCCUUUCUCUUUGAAGACCUCCUUGAAGCAUCAAUAAACUGAUAAAGCUGAAUUUCUGAACUCAAGAUUCACUUGAGAAAAUGCUUGUUUUCCCUUAAAUUACCUAAGAAGCUCUUACAGUCAUUGUCUACGCACAGUUGUCAAUCUCUAAUCACAUAUUCUGCUGACAUCAGAGUGGAAUGUGGUCUUAAUACAGCAUAUAAAUCAAAUCUGUUACACAAGGUUCUUCUUCACUAUACCCAAGAAAAAGUGUCUACUAUUGCAAUUUACAUAUUGUUUCUAACUGCUGUUCUCAAUGGUAAGUCUAUUUAAACUUGAUGUCUUCAUAGAGCAUGAUCAACACAUUAACACACAUUAUUUCGUACUUUUGAACUUAUGCCAACGGUACCUUUUGCUGUUUAUUUUUUUAAGUCUUUUUUAAGAUCGGAUAUUUCAUUUGAGAGUAAAUAGAUACAGAUUGUGUGUAUAUAUAUUCAGGGUGAGAUUUAGUAGUGUAGCGAUUCUCUAGCAUAUUGGCCUAUUUUUACUCUUUCAAGUUACACUGUAUCACUUCCACAGUUGUUGCUGUCUGAGGGUUUGUAAAAGAUUCUAGUCACUUCUUUCAAUGGACUUUCAAGGAUGCAAUUCUGUUUAUAUGGUGGUGAUCUAAUGAGGAGAGCUGAGAAUUAGUUAACUGGUACUCCCGAGUUUUAGGUACCUGGUUUCUGCUGAAAUUUAUUCAGUCCAGUUAUUUGACAGUUGGUAGAGAGGUGUCUUGUAAUUAGAAAUUAAGAGUUGGUUCAUUUUCCAGUGAAGGAAAAAUCUUCCUGGUUUAAACACUUAACUGUGCAAUAUUUUAUUACAUUUAUCACUCAUGUUAGAGCCAGCUUAUUGUUGUAUGCAUUUGUGAGUACCUAGGGGUGCAGGUCCCCAAAAUGAGGCUGAAAUGCUUGCAGAAGAAGCCCAUGUCAGGCUGCAGCUGGUUGUACCUUAACUCGAUUGUCUGUGGACCUGAGCCGGCCCCCUCCUCUGUACCCCUUCCCCCCAGGUGUGCAGGAAGUGGAGGGCGGUGUACCGGGUGAAGUGGGUGGACUCAACCCAGAGCUAUGACCUGAUUUGUGACGCACCCUCAGAACUGCAGUAAUGGUCCAGCUGCUUCCCGGGCAACUGGUAACCACCUCAUUUGGGGAUGCUUCUGCCUUGCUAGCAAGUGCCAGAGAGAACUUCGUCACUGUCACCUCAGCAGAGGCUACUACUUUUUUAGACCUCUCCGGUAGGGCUAGAUUUGGAGAAGCACCUCUGAUAUUUGGAGGGUGAUCUUUAGACAGUGACUGAGUAUGGAUCAUUUGAACGAGGCAACUCAGGGGAAAGAACAUUCAGAAAUGUCUAACAAUGUGAGUGAUCCGAAGGGUCCACCGGCCAAGAUUGCCCGCCUGGAGCAGAACGGGAGCCCGCUAGGAAGAGGAAGGCUUGGGAGUACAGGUGCAAAAAUGCAGGGAGUGCCUUUAAAACACUCGGGCCAUCUGAUGAAAACCAACCUUAGGAAAGGAACCAUGCUGCCAGUUUUCUGUGUAGUAGAACAUUAUGAAAACGCCAUUGAAUAUGAUUGCAAGGAGGAGCAUGCGGAAUUUGUGCUGGUGAGAAAGGAUAUGCUUUUCAACCAGCUGAUAGAAAUGGCAUUGCUGUCGCUAGGCUAUUCGCAUAGCUCUGCUGCCCAGGCCAAAGGGCUCAUCCAGGUUGGAAAGUGGAAUCCAGUUCCACUCUCUUAUGUGACAGAUGCGCCUGAUGCCACGGUAGCAGAUAUGCUGCAAGACGUGUAUCAUGUGGUCACACUGAAAAUUCAGUUACACAGUUGCCCCAAACUGGAAGACUUGCCUCCCGAACAGUGGUCGCACACCACAGUAAGGAAUGCUCUGAAGGACUUGCUGAAAGAUAUGAAUCAGAGUUCGCUGGCCAAGGAGUGCCCCCUGUCACAGAGUAUGAUUUCUUCCAUUGUGAACAGCACUUACUAUGCAAAUGUCUCAGCAGCAAAAUGUCAAGAAUUUGGAAGGUGGUACAAACAUUUCAAGAAGACAAAAGAUAUGAUGGUUGAAAUGGAUAGUCUUUCUGAACUAUCCCAGCAAGGUGCCAACCAUGUGAACUUUGGCCAGCAGCCGGUCCCAGGGAACACAGCCGAGCAGCCUCCGUCCCCCGCGCAGCUUUCCCAUGGCAGCCAACCCUCUGUCCGGACCCCUCUUCCAAACCUGCAUCCUGGGCUUGUAUCAACACCUAUCAGUCCUCAGUUGGUCAACCAGCAGCUGGUGAUGGCUCAGCUGCUGAACCAGCAGUAUGCAGUGAAUAGACUCUUAGCCCAGCAGUCCUUAAACCAACAGUACUUGAACCAUCCUCCCCCUGUCAGUAGAUCUAUGAAUAAGCCUUUGGAGCAACAGGUUUCAACCAACACAGAGGUGUCUUCCGAAAUCUACCAGUGGGUACGUGAUGAACUGAAACGCGCAGGAAUCUCCCAGGCAGUAUUUGCACGUGUGGCUUUUAACAGAACUCAGGGCUUGCUUUCAGAAAUCCUCCGGAAGGAAGAGGACCCCAAGACUGCGUCCCAGUCUUUGCUGGUAAACCUUCGGGCUAUGCAGAACUUCUUGCAGUUACCGGAAGCUGAAAGAGACCGAAUCUAUCAGGAUGAGAGGGAGAGGAGCUUGAAUGCCGCCUCAGCCAUGGGUCCUGCCCCCCUGAUAAGCACACCGCCCAGCCGUCCUCCCCAGGUGAAAACAGCUACUAUUGCUACUGAGAGGAAUGGGAAACCAGAGAACAAUACCAUGAACAUUAAUGCUUCCAUUUAUGAUGAGAUUCAGCAGGAAAUGAAGCGCGCUAAAGUGUCCCAAGCACUGUUCGCAAAGGUUGCGGCAACCAAAAGCCAGGGAUGGUUGUGUGAGCUGCUACGCUGGAAAGAAGAUCCUUCUCCAGAGAACAGGACCCUGUGGGAGAACCUCUCCAUGAUCCGAAGGUUCCUCAGUCUUCCUCAGCCAGAGCGGGAUGCCAUCUAUGAACAGGAGAGCAACGCGGUGCAUCACCAUGGCGACAGGCCUCCCCACAUCAUCCAUGUUCCCGCAGAGCAGAUUCAGAGCCCCUCUCCCACCACCCUUGGGAAAGGAGAGUCUAGAGGCGUUUUCUUACCGGGCCUGCCGACCCCUGCACCGUGGCUCGGUGCUGCUCCUCAGCAGCCGCAGCCGCAGCAGCAGCAGCAGCAGCAGCCAGCGCCGCCACCCCCGCAGCCGCAGCCGCAGCCGCAGGCGGGCCCCCGGCUCCCGCCUCGCCAGCCCACCGUGGCCUCGCCCGCAGAGUCCGACGAGGAGAACCGGCAGAAGACGCGGCCGCGAACAAAAAUUUCGGUGGAAGCCCUGGGAAUCCUGCAGAGCUUCAUCCAAGACGUGGGCCUGUACCCUGACGAAGAGGCCAUCCAGACUCUGUCGGCCCAGCUCGACCUCCCCAAGUACACCAUCAUCAAGUUCUUCCAGAACCAGCGGUACUAUCUCAAGCACCACGGCAAGCUGAAGGACAAUUCCGGUCUCGAGGUGGAUGUGGCAGAGUACAAGGAAGAGGAGUUGCUCAAGGAUUUGGAAGAGAGUGUCCAAGACAAAAAUGCCAACACCCUUUUUUCGGUGAAGCUAGAAGAGGAGCUGUCCGUGGAAGGGAACACAGACAUUAGCGCUGAUUUGAAAGACUGAGAUAGUAGUAUUAUUUUCGUUCAACAAUGCCACUGGUAUUUACUAACAAGAUGAAAAGUCCACCUUGCAUUCUCUCAGAAACCCUUUGUCGUUCAUUGUUUGGCCAAUGAAUCUUCAGAAACUCGCACAGACAGGAAGGCUGGGAGAGGAGUCAUGCAGACUGCACUAAAGUUUUACAAACUGCUCGCAGCCCCAGGUGAAGCAUCGAGGAUUGUUUGGUAUUAAAAUUUGUGUUCACGGAACACACCAAGGUGUGUGCCUGUAAGCAUGGUACCAGUGAUUUUUAUUUUUCAAUGAUUAUUAUUCUGGAGCCUCAAACAAGCAUUAUAACUUCUGUGAUUAUGAUUUCCUUUCCUUUAAUUAUGAUCUUUGGAAACUUGCCCCUUAUUUUAAAAAAGAAAAAAAAAAGAGUUUGUUACUCUAUUGUAUGUUACAAAAGAACUAUAGACUGUGGAAUGCAGUUUAAAGAUGACAUAUGCCAACAAAUGCCUUGUAUUAUAUGGCACUGCCGUAAUUCAAAUUUGUUUUUAUUUUGGAAAUAAAAGUUCACUGUAAUUUUUUUCAUUCACAUUGUUACAUGCCUUUUAUUUUUUUUUUUUUGAAAAAGAAAAGAAAAUGUGAAACACAAUUUAGUCCUCAUUAUUUAUUUGUAGAUCCUGCAGCAUCAUGUUGUAAUUAAUUUUUUGGAAGUUUCCGUUAAAUGUAAUAUUGCUUCUCUUGUUACCAUACUGAUAUUCUUUUCUAUUUAUAAAUGUAUUUUGAUGGGCAGUAAAACAAAGUGUCUUAAAAGUUUUAAAUAGAGAAAAUGUGCUUUACACAGUUGCCUAUAAAAAGUGCUCUAUGUUAUCCAAGCAAUUCAUACUAUAAGCUUCACUCUUAUUGUUGUAUGCAAUUUUUACUAUCAUGCAAAUAAGCUUAGGUAAAUAAAACUAAUAGAUCACCUUAGAAAAUUAUGCAAUUAAUGUGAAAUAAUUGAUGUUUGCAAUGUGUCUUCCUUUGGUUUACAAUCAAUUUUAAAGGUACAUCUGUAUAAAAUUUCUGUAUAAAGGUGUAUUUCUUUUUUAUGAGUUUAUGGCUAUGAAAACACCAGCUAUUUUGUUACAGCUGGCUGUUUUUAUAAGUGUAUCACAAUUUUCUUUAUGCAGAAACGUUCUGAUUAGGAGUGGUUAUUGACUGUAACUACACAAUUAAAAUUGUUUGUAUGGUA